AUGUCGAUUCUCGUUAACGGUAGUCCUACUUUGGAGUUCAAUGUGGAAAGGGGUCUUCGUCAAGGAGACCUUAUUUCUCCUUUUCUCUUUGUCAUAAUGGUGGAAGGUUUAAAGGCUUUGGUUAAUAAGGCGAUUCUAAACGGUGAUUUCGCGGGUUGUAAUUUGAAUGAUAGAUGUUUUAUAGAUAUUAUUCAAUUUUCGGAUAACACUUUAUUGGCAGGGGACGGGAGUUGGAAUCAUCUUUGGGCCAUUAAGUCGGUUUUGAAAGGCUUCGAAAUGGUGUCGCGUCUUGGUAUCAACUAUCACAAGAGUAAGAUCAUUGGAAUUGAUAUUAAUCCGCAUUUUUUGGAUGUGGCAACUUCUUUUCUUUCUUGA